AUGACUAACUCUACACAAAUUUCAUAUUUCAUGUUUGCUGCCUACUUUGACACUGGACUGUUUAAACACUUAUGUUUCUUGAUUGUCAUGUUCCUAUACAUGUUGAUUCUUUGCUCCAACCUCCUGCUGAUUGUGGUUAUCUGUGUGAACAGAAGCUUACAUGAACCUAUGUACAUGUUUCUGUGCAGCCUGUUUGUAAAUGAACUAUAUGGUAGUACAGGGUUGUUUCCAUUGCUGCUGCUUCAGAUCCUCUCUGACAUUCACACUGUCUCUGCUUCAUUCUGUUACCUGCAGAUUUUCUGUGUGUACACAUAUGGAAACAUAGAAUUUUUAAACUUAGCCGUCAUGUCUUAUGACAGAUAUCUUGCCAUCUGUUAUCCUCUACAAUAUAACACACGUAUGACAGCAAAAAAAGUUGUUGUUCUUAUUGCUCUGAUAUGGUUACUCACAUUUUUUGUAAAUAUUUUCACAUUAACUUUGAUUGUGCCUUUACAGCUGUGUGGGAACAUCAUUAACAAAGUGUACUGUGACAAUCACUCUGUAGUGAAACUGGCCUGCUCUGACACAACCAUCAAUAACAUUUAUGGACUCAUUGUUACUUCUUUAUCAGUUUUCUGUCCUCUGUUUUUAAUCUGUUACACGUAUAUAAAGAUCUUUAAAGUUUGUUUUUCUGGUUCUAAACAGACGAGACAGAAAGCUGUCAGUACCUGCACACCUCACCUCGCCUCUCUGCUCAACUUUUCUUUUGGUGCUUGCUUUGAAAUAAUACAGAGCAGGUUUAAGAUGACUGUUGUUCCCAAUAUGUUGCGCAUUUUUUUGUCAUUAUACUUUCUCACAUGCCCGCCGCUCUUUAACCCUAUGAUGUACGGCCUGAAACUGUCUAAAAUCCGUGUCUUAUGUAAAGGUAUGAUAUAUUUUAACUGGAACAAAUCGUAG